AUGGAAAUUAGGAUGGUCUCGAGUGGCAACGGUCAAUUCCAUAAUGAUAUGCUUUACCUAAUACAUCGAGAGGGUUAUAUAGAAGAAUGCUAUUUUUCAUUUACUCUAAGUCCUAUAUUCAAGGAAGACGGAACUGUUGGUGGUGUGUUUAAUGCUGUUCAGGAAACAACCCAACGGGUUUUGGCCGCUAGGAGAUUAAAAACUUUAAGCGAACUAGGAAAUAGAACGCCCGGCGCCAAAACAAUGGAAAGCGCUUGCCAUCUCGUGUCAUCUACGUUACGCGAUUGCAAUAAAGAUAUUACGUUUUCACUCAUCUACGCUAUUAAGAAUUAUGAAAAAGAACCUAAGAUUAAUGGUAAAAAAGCGUACCUAGUAGCCACAACUUUUGAUACCGAUCUCGAAGUAGUAAAGAGCGAGGAUGAAAUUGAAGAAUUAGUUUUUGUCAAAGGAAAAUCGACAAGAGAACUACCGGAUUUCUUACUGGAUACCUUUGAAACGGUAGAUCUCCAGUGCGAUAAGGAUAAUUCAUUUAAUAAGGUUUUCAAUAAUCAGGAUGCAUCGUUAAAAUCAAUAUUAGAUUUAACUGCAGCUAAACCAUCUGCUUGGCCCAUAGAGCAAGUGGUAUCAUCAAAUUCGCAACUAAUUGUUACCUUAGAAGACAACUCUCGGGCAAUUCUUUUACCGGUGCACACGUCUUUUGCGGGAAAAACAUUAUUAACUGCCAUAGUUAUCUGCGGCUUAAAUCAGAACCGUGCUUUAGAUCGAGAAUAUUUGGAUUUUUUACAUGUUUGUAUUAAAUUGGAUGCAGUUCUAUUAGCGUUUCGUUGA